UGUUUUACAUUGUUAGUCAAGUGUUCUCUCCCUCAGUAUAUAAGACAGCUGAGAACUCAGACACAUCACUUGUUAAGCAAGACAAAAUAAACCAGUCUGUUCUGAGUCACCAAAUAUUGUAGAUUACCAUGAUCUCAGUCUACUCUGUCUUGUUUACUCUAGUCCUGUUCUCUGAGCUGAAUAACCACUUGGUUACUGUGGCCAUGCCUGCAAACAAAAUUGAAGCAACAGAUCAAGAUGGACUGGAUUUGUCCCUGAGUGAUGAGCCCAUGACUGAGCGGGCUUUGGGUUCCCCUCGGCGAAGCCUCAUCUUGGACAACAACAUCCGGGACGAAGAAGGAAACCCCAAAGUUAUCUUUAUCGCAGACAUGCGGCUGAAAGGGCACAGUGCUCGUGGGCUGAACCCGGCCUUCACCCGGAGCCUAUCUCUGCUCACAGACCGAAAUUCAGGCCAUGAUGCCGAUUACAGUUUGAAAAUAGAUCGCAGAGACACCGACCUCGACAUGCUGCGAUGUAUGAUAGGAAGAGUGUAUCGGCCCUGCUGGGAAGUAUAAAUAUUUCCUAAUGCUGCCAUCUCCCCUGAAUGUGCUGUAAAUAUUUCUUCCUCAUAUAUCUCCUUGUAGAGAAUCAGAGUGCCCAAACAUGUAAAACAAAAU